CCAUCUUGAAUAUUGAAAAUGAGACUAGUUCGUGUUAAUUAUUUUUGUUGUCAGUGAAAAUAAACAUUUUGUAAUACUAAUUGUGUACAGUAAUUGUUUCACCUGGAUUUUGGUCAAGGUGUGGUCAAAAACACAAAAAAAUAACAUCGACACUCUGACAGCUCUAGGUACUUGGUGAUUAUUUACAGCUAUGGGGACAUCGCAUUAUCUGGCCUUGUUGGUGAUUUUGGUGUCACUAACAAGAAGCUGUUACGGACUUGGAGAAGCAUGCACUGCUGAUGACUCAAGCAACUGUACUGGUACUGGAGUUGUUUGUGGGGGGAGCAUCACCUGUGUUUGUGACUCAAACCACUAUCCCUCUAAUGGAGGAUGUACAGAAAAGAUAGACUUAGGUUUCUCAGGAUGUACCAAUGGCAAUGCUGCCAACGAGUGUGCUGAUGACAACACUGAGUGCACCACAGGUGUCUGUAAAUGUGUCAGCACUCACUAUGACAACAAUGGUGACACUUCUGGGGGAGAAUGUGAUAAAAAGAAAAAACUGGGAGAAGCCUGUUCAACAAACCAGGACUGCACUAGCAGUGACUCAUAUUCAGAGUGCAGUGGUAGCAAAUGCCAGUGUCAGUCCUUCUACUAUGAUGACAAUGGAGACACCGCUGAAGGAACGUGUGCAUCAAAGGUAAACCUUGAAGGUACAUGUACCGCAGCAACAUCAGGCUCUGAUGACCCAUGUAACACAGCGUUUGCAGUGUGUACAAGAAGUGAAUCUUCCUACACCUGUAAGUGUCAGGGAGGAUAUUACAAGUCAGGUGGAAAUACUUGCAGUAAAGUUGGGGUAGCUCUUGGGUCUAGCUGCACCAUACCUACUUCUGAAAGUGGAGCAACUAUAACGGAUGCCUGUACAAUUACUUUUGCUGAGUGUAGGGCAACCAGUGAUGCAUCAUCUACAACAUGUCAGUGCAUUGCUACACACUAUACAUAUGGGUCAGAAUGCAGGCAAAGGCAGAAAUUAAGUGAAAUUUGUUCCAGCCAUGAGGACUGCAUUUCCUUUGACAAAAAAUUAAUUUGCGGCACUGGUCGCACAUGUCAGUGCCAACCCAAUUACUAUGACAGUGAUGGAAACAUAACUGUUGGAGGGACAUGUACAUUAAAGCUUCCUCUGGAUUCACCUUGUCUACAGCCAGAUGCCUGUGCUACAGCUCACUCAGUGUGUCUUCAAAAUAAGUGCCAGUGUUCUGAUAAUUAUUACAAUACAAAUGAUGCUAUCCAAUACAGAAAGACAUGCAAGUCAAAGCAUAAUCUGAAUGUAAAUUGUGAUGAUGGAGCCAAUCCAAACCAAUGUAAAGAUGACAAGGCUGUAUGUACUUACUCAAACACUGUGAAACUGUGCAGAUGUAUCGCUGGAUACCAUGAAAAGAAAGGAGUAUGCAUUGCAAACAAGGCACUUGGUGAAGAUUGUGAUGUUCCUACAGAGUGUUCAGACAGUGCAGCUGUCUGCACAGGAUCCAAUAAAGUCUGUACAUGUGGUUCGAACCAUUAUGAUGACAAUGGAUUUAGUGCUGGUGGAAACUGCCAAGAGAUAUCACAGCUUCAAGUAUCCAGCAUUACCUUUUCUCAAGUGCAUACAACAACAAUGAUCGUGUCAUGGACCCCACAAAGUGGAAAGGCCAGUUCCAUUAGUGACUACACGGUUCAGUGGGGAUCAAAUGAUAGUUCAAUAGCUGAAGGUUUUAAGGAGAAUAUAAUGUCAACAACAACAAAAAUUACUGGUCUUACUCCAGGACAGAACUACCGAAUAACUGUGACAUCUGUGAACAAAGUCACACAAGCUGACUCUCCUCGAAGUACAUUCGUCUCCAAACAAAGAUCAUCAAAACCAAUGCCUCCAAGCAGUCUGGAUUUGGAUGGUAGCAACUUAGACGCAACAGAUAAGGAGAUAACACUUGCUUGGACAAGGCCUUCAAGUGGGGUGGUGUCAAGAUAUGAUAUAGAGGUGCUUGAUGGGACAGAAUUAAAACAGCCAACUUUCGCUGUUGGAACAGCCAGUGCUACAUUGACUUUUUACGACAUGAGGAAUGGUUAUACAUACAAUGUUAAAAUAAUAUCCAGGAGUGAAACCUAUGAUGGAACAAAUACGGAACCCAGUCAACCAUUUGAGUCACCGUUCAAAACUGAUGUUCAAGUGCCAGAUCCACCAACUGAUGUUUCCUGCCUAAGUAUAUAUGAUGAGUAUAUAACUCUUUCAUGGACUGCACCCCAAAAACCCAAUGGGGAUUUGGUUCAAUAUGUUGUCCACACUUUGUCAUAUCCAUCAAAUAGCGAAAAAUUCCAAAAUAAUACAUCUUCUACUGGGACAACUUAUGAUGUGCAUGGCUUAGAACCAGGCACAGUCUACGUAUUCCGGGUGCACACACAGAAUGAAGGCCACACGUCUACACAGUAUGGGGCAGUGCAAACAUUUUGCACAACAAAGGCAAAAAUGGCUGACAAACCCCAGAACUUGAAUUUUGUAAACAACAUAACCAGUCGAGCACUUUCUGUCACCUGGUCUGAACCAGUUAAUAUUUACAGCUCAGAAAACCUUGGUUACAUAGUUCAACUUCAAGACAAUGAUGCCAAUAUGUGUGAAAAGGAAAUCGUUAUGAGAUGCAGUAAUUGUACUACUGGGGACAUCAAAAAAAUAACAAUGCCACGUUGUGGCCAAGAUUUGCAAGUGCAGAUUGACCAUUCUCAUGAUGAAAUCCGUGCAAAUAAAUUAUACACGAUUCAAAGCCUCCUUCCUGACACAAACUACAUAGUUUCUGUAUCUGUGGUGAAUAAUCAGGGUAGAGGCAAUGCAGCAUCAAUUGAUAUAAAGACUCCAGAGGAAGAGCCCCAAGCCGCACCAGUUGUUCGGUCAGUGUAUGAUAUCAGAAAGAAUUCGUUCAAUGUGUCGUGGAGUCUGAUAGGACCAAGGCCGGGCCAAGUCACGUACACGGUGAUCCUAACUGCCGACACGGGAGCAGACUCCAAAUCAUAUUAUGUUACUGGUUAUGGUAACACCAAUCUGUUUGCUGAUGGGCUAGAAGAAUAUUGGAAUUAUGAUGUGAGUGUCACAGCAAGAACUAAUGUAGGUGGUGCUAAAACAUCAGAUACCACAACGAAAUACAGGACACUGCCUUCAGCUCCUGGAGCAGUAACUGAGUUUGAAGCAGUUAAGGUUCAGCUGCGCACUGACAAUUUCCACAAAAUGACGAUCCAAUGGAAAGCUCCAUUGCUGUUGCAGCGCAACAGUGUGAUAAAGGAAUAUGUGUUAAGACACAAUGUUGGAAACACUACAGCAAGCUCAGUGGGUGGUGAAGAGUUCAAGACAAUGUCCUUCACGUCGGUUACUAGCGAUGUCUUUUACAGUCAAGAGUUUGAUGUGAUACCUGAAUCAACGUACAAGUUUGAGGUGUAUGCCGUGAACACUGAGAGUACAGAUAAUAUGGGGGAGAAAACAGCGAUUAAAGAAAUAGCCCCAGCUGGAUUCCCUGUCAGUAUUGAAAAAGCUGACAAAACCUUACAGGUUGUGAAAGAAGGCUCGAAAGACCAAACCUUCAUAAGCCUGAAUCUCGUAAGAGAGUUUUUCACUGAGGAAACCAAUGGAAGAGUACAGAGGACAGCAUUGCUGGGGUGUAAAAGCAGUGCAUGUCCGGAAAACUUUCUUGGCUACGCAGACACUCAAAAGAAGGUGGAUGCUCUGGCCAACUGGCAAAAGGCUGCACAAAAUAGCCUGUAUAGGAUCACCACAGCUGACUGGUUAACAAAGAACAAGAGAAGGCGUCGAAGCAAAUACACAGAAGUUCCGUACACUGUGGGCAUAGAGAAUUGCGAUGGCGUCACGGAAGGCAAAUACUGUAACGGACCGCUCGAGCCAGAGACAAAAUAUUUAUUUGUUGCGGUGGUCUGUACCAGCACAGGAUGUACGGUCAGCAAAAAAUAUGGGCCUUACAUCACAGAGGCAGUUCCACCGCCUAUCGGCAUGAUAAUGGGAAUAGUGGCUGGGGUUGUUGCAGCUUUGGUAGUAGUUGUCAUUGUAGUAAUCUUCCUCCGUCGAAGAAGUAGGAACAAGGCUCCACUAAUGUUACCGCUGGUGUUUUUCAGGUCAACAAUUCCUGAUGGAAGUCUCGUUGAAGUGGAGUUUCGAGAAAAGAUUCAGAGGAAAAGGCCAAUACUACUGAGUGAGUUUGAUACGUACCUAACUAAGAUGCACGAAGAUUCCAACCUAAAGUUCUCCGAGGAAUAUAAAGAGUUGAAUACCCUGAGCCCGAAACAUUCGACAGUUGCCUCUGUACUGGAGGAGAACAGGGCCAAGAACAGAAACAUAAACAUCAUUCCUUAUGACCAUAGCCGUGUGAAGUUGACCACUAACGGAGAGGAUGACAAAAAUGACUACAUCAACGGAAACUAUCUACCGGGUUACAACUCCCCCCGUGAAUACAUCGGCUGUCAAGGUCCACUACCCGCCACAAUCGACGAUCACUGGAGAAUGAUAUGGGAACAGAAUGUCACUAUCAUCGUCAUUCUUACACUCUGCAAGGAGGGACAGAAGAUCAAGUGUGAGCAGUACUGGCCCGAUGAGGUUGGGGACCCGAAACAAUACGGAGAGGUUGUCGUGGAGAUGACCUCAUACUCCAAUGUCAAGACUUACGACUUCAGAGUCUUCAAGAUAUGCAACGGCAGCCAGACCCGUACGAUAAAGCACUUCCACUUCCUAACGUGGCAGGACUUCCAUGCAAACGUAAAGCACGACAUCAUCCUGAACUUCAUCCGAGACGUACGCCACCAGAUACAGCCACCUGACAAGACUGGGCCCAUGAUCGUGCACUGCAGUGCGGGCGUUGGUCGUACAGGGACUUACGUGGCCAUCGACUACUUCAUGCAGUUCAUAGACGAACACGACUUUGACGUUGAGAUAGACAUCUUUGACUUUGUCCUCAAGAUGAGGGACAACAGGGUCUUCAUGGUUCAGACUGAGCAACAGUAUGUGUUUAUCCAUGACUGUGUGAAUGAGAUGUUGGACAACAAGAGACUGGCUGUGAAUAACCUUUACGAGAACACCGGUGGUAAUCAAGACAAAGAACACAUUGCAACAGCUGUAUGAUAAUGUGCAGUACAAUCCCUCCAGUCAGCGCACAGAACUGUAGCCUCGAGACAAAAGGGGGCGGAGUUAACUACGGGAUCAAAGACAAUCCAUAUAAUUGAUGUGUCGCUGAGCUGUCGGAUUAAUAAUCAAAACAGUUAAACCAAUGAAAACUUUGUGACAUUAACCUGGACAACAUGUACAAUGCAAAAAUAACAUGUGGAAUAGAAUUCAAUAGAUUCUUUUCUUCAACCGUUCCUUUUAUUAGCUAUGGCGGAAGUAUUACCUCGAUUUUAGCGUCAUGUGAAUUGUUCUAGAAAACUUGUAUUAUAUAUCCACGGUGAAUUAUUAUAACAAAUUUAAUUUGCUUUAUUUUAAGAUUACUUUUCUUUCUGAAUUCCUGAAAACGUUCAAUUUUACUUGCUUGUAAAGAUAUUGUUAUGUAUACAAGGAUUUUGGGGAGAAAAUGUGUUGCUUCAUUUUGGGGGAUUUUUUAUCAUCUAGAUUUUGAUUAUAAUCAAAGGUUUGAUUCUUGAAGCUAAAUUAGGAGGUCUGUAGCCCGCCUAAGAAACCAUAAUCAAAUUGAGUUUGUUUCACCAUUUUUGAAACGGGGCCGGGGUCUUUUUGAUUGGGAAAAUUAUUUACUAUAACAUUCCUAUUUUGCCUUAUAAAAACAAGAAUGAUUUUAAAAAUAACGAAGGAAAAGAUAAAAGAAUAUGAUAAAGUUUGUUUCUUGAAGAAUAUACCAGUUUUUCCAUACAUAAAUGUUUUGCAGGUAAAGUAUAUUAUUAGUUUUUAUUUAUUAUUUUUAAAACAUGAAAUUGCCAAUUUAUUUUAAUUUUUGGGAAAAAGUGUUGGUUUUAUCAUUUGGCAUGUGAUGAAUUUCGGCCCCAAAUAGGUCCGGAAAAACAAGCAGAAUCAGAUUAAUUUAGAGCAGAAAAGUAAGGAAAUCUAAAGAAAACACAAUAACAACUGUACUUCUGGCUUAUAUUUUGACAUCUUAUUACUGAGCAUACAAAUUUUCUCCACAUCUCUGGUUAUCUUGGGCGGGCUGUACAUAUAUGAGGUUUUUUACUGAGUAACAAGAGACCAUGAUUACUAACAGUCUGAAGUCUGGGUUCAGACUCAAGUGGCAAAACUGCAAAUCCUCAUUUUAUUGAGACUUACCUUCUAGUUGAGUUUUAAUGAUGAAAUUUGAUGAAAUUUAUAAUUACUGUUUAUAAUUGCUCAACCACUUCCCUUUAUAUUUUUGCAAAAGAAAUGAAAAAAGGGAUUUUUUUAACAUACUCUAGUAAAAGUGCUUUUCUGAGAUAAUUCAAGAUUCAAUCUUGAGACUGUUUGUGCAUCAUGGCCCCAGAGGUUGUUUUGAUUCCUUUCUAUCGCAAAUAUUAGGAUUACCACAUGUGUUUUUUUUUUCAUUUUUCAUGUAGCAUUUCAUGUAACAGUAAUGCCUGCUAUCAGGAAAUGGAAGAUAAAAUGGCUAGAAUGCCUAAUAUUAUAAAGGUAUCAGCCUUUUCUUUCCUUUUUUCAUUCAGUUUAGCCAAAUACCCCCAAAAGGGAAUAGGAACAUGAACAAUUGACAAGUGUAUUUUUGUGCAAUUCAGGAAAAAAGGGUGGGGGAUGGGGGAUACAUCAGAUAAAAACUCUCAAUAUUUUGUAUAUAUCUUUAAAACAUAGGGGGGACUGAAACAAAUUAUUCCAAGUCUAUUAAUAUUAUCAAUAGUUUGCAGGGAAUAAUGAAGUCACAUUCUUGGGAGAAUAUUGCACUGCCUACUUUCUAUCAUAACAUUUGGUAAUGUUUUGGAAGUUUAGCAAUAAAACUGUCAGGGGCCUGCCUUAACCAUUUUAAACUGUACACCCCUACACUUGAGCAAUGUGUUAGCAUAUUCAGGUAUUUCAUUUUCUCAAAGUAAUCUUAAGAUUUUAAACAUCAUCUUCCUACAAAUAUAAACCACCCUAAUCCUUUGAUUGUUAUUUCUGGUUUCGAGCUUUAAGUACUUGCCGCUUCGGGUCCACCAGUAUUGUAAAGUACGCCCGGCGUACUGGAGUUUGGAAACUGGUAUAUACUAAAAUGAUUAUGAUUAUUUUAACAACUGAAUAAAAAUAAGUCUGAUUAGCUGCUAUUCUGUCUAAGAUUAAGAAUUUAUAUUUUUAAAUGUUUAAAUUUCACGGACAACCAAACAAAAAUGUUUAUAUUGUGCGCAACACAAUCGAAAUUAUUCAGAUUUUCCACUUUGGGUUAUUAUAAUCAUAUAAAAAAAAUCUUGAAUGUCAUUUAUUAAUUUGCACAUUAAAUAUUACUUUGGUAAAGAACGAAACAUACUGGUAUAUCAGACCCCAUUUUCUUUAAUAUUUCAUAUUAGUUAAAACUGCUUUUAUAUCAGCUUGGCUGGAAAAUGGCUGUCUGCCUUUGGGCAAUGUUUUACAUGAUUUGAUAUCUAAAUAUCAUCUAAUCUUUAUACUUGUUUGUGAUGUCACGCAAUUAACUGUCAGAAUUUACUGUGUAACGAGUCUUCAUGCAAAUCUUAUAGUGCUUGGAUUAAAACGAUUAUUGCGCUUUUCAUGUUACUAGUUAAUUGAUUUGCUUGAGUUUUGAAUGUAAGUGGUUAGGGUGGGAUUUUUUUACAGACAAAAGCCAUUCAGAUUCAUGUUCUUAAAUCAUAGCCCUAAUUGUUUGAUAAUCCUAAGUCUCUUAAAAAAUAAAAAAGGUCUUACAAAAUUUCGAGUUUCCUUUCACGACCUAUAAAUCGAAGUUGGAAGACAUCAUAACAUCCCAAGAACAGAUAGAAUAUGUACCUUUGGUAAUAUGAAUGUCAUCGAAAAUAAAUAUCAUUUCCUUUUAGUCUGUCCAAAAUAUCAUAAUCUACGAAAACAAUUCUUUAAACCAUACUUUUGUCAUUGGCCAACAAAACAAAGUUUAUUAACCUUUGUACUCAGACAGCGGAAAAACUAUGCACAAUGUUAGUAAAUAUUUAUAUCAUGCAUCUUUGUUACGAUCGAGAACCUAAUUGAGUAAAGAAUUUGAUAAUAUGAUAUAUAGUAUACUUCUCUAUUGACUAUGUCUUUGCUCUUCACGAUGAUUUGUUACGUAUGAUUUAUUUCAUAUGUUUUGCAUUUUGGCGAUGAAUGUUAUAUCAUUUAAUGCUGAAUAAAUGUUAUGUUAUGUUAAUGCAAAACCAAGCCAAGUUCAUAUUUUUUGAGAUAUUUUUUCCACUUAGAGAGAUUUGAGACAUUUAAAGGAAAUUGUUUCAAAUGUGAUCAUCAUCAUCUAUGAUUUGUUGUAUUUAACUUAGUUCAAGAAAUUAAUUUGGCUUAAUGAAAUAAGUUUGUUCUUAAAAGAUUUUAUACUUAACAUUUAUCAAGAAAUUGGGGAUUAAGAUCGAUCAAACAUAUGUAUGCACAUCAUAAGUUUUCAUAUGAUUAUAUUCGGAUAUUUCAUAAAGAUUUAUGUGCCAUGGCAAUUAUAUUAGUAUAAAAUACUCAUUCUGAUUUCAUUGUAUGUCUCGCUGUUAUAUCAUCAAAUAUUUAUUAAUACUCUUCAACAUACAAAAUAAUUAAAAUAUUAAAUUGGAAAUUAUUUUUAUAUCAAUAUAUUUCUACAUGUAUAUUCUUAAUUAUUUGUUAUGUCAAAAGGGUACCAUGUUUAUGCAUGUCAUUAAAUUCCUUUUUUGUUCCUUUUUCGCAAGGAUUUUGAAUAUUUAUUUACACAUUUUUUUAGUUAUUGUAUAAAAAACAAUCAUUUCUACUAUUCAAAUUGUAUCAUAUCCAAAGAUUUAUAUUAAAGACCACAUCCAAAGCUAAUUUGCCAUAUCUGUUGUAUGUAAUUUUUCACAACCAAGACUUUUACAGUUGGGAAUUUGCCUCUGAACACAAACUGUAGAUAUCUACUGAUGAAGGCGUUACGCCGAAACGUUUAAGAUAAAAAACUGUACGUGUUUGUGUGGUGUAUUUUAUUCAUACAAGUUGUACAUGAUUUUAAUUAAAAUUGAUACGAACGUUGUUACCUCACUGUAGAAAUUAGAUACUAAAAUGUAUAAGGUAAGAUUCCAAAGAUACGAUUCAUCUUAUGAUCGAAAGAACGUUUUAAAUAAUCAUAAAAUGAAGAAAUCAGUUAGAUAUUAUGUGAUUGACUCAAAUAAACUAUACAGCUCUUAAUUUAAAGAAGAUCUUAUAACUUGUCAGAAAUAUUAAUUUGAUAAGGGCGUUAUCAUAUCAUAAUACUUUGAUAAAAUGGCCCCUUACGAUGUAAAUGUGUCUAAAAAAGCAAUGGUUGAAAAAAGUAUUCUGAGUAAAACAUAAUUAAUUUUAUUGAUUUUUUGGCAAAAGUCAAAGUUAAGUAUUGUACUAAAUCAAUGUUCAGCAUAAUAAAUGGUAUGGUAAUAGGGUAAUCUCUAGCUGGCAAGAUUCGCACUUUUAUUAUACCGGUACCCGUAUUUUCAAACUGAGUGCUUAAUUAAUAAAUGUGCUAUGCAAGGCACCUUUUCCAAAUUGCGAUGUUAUAAAUGUUAUAGAGAAAAAAAACGUAUAUUAUUAUUGUACACAAACAAUUAUAUUUUUAUAUAUAUUCUACUGAUACAUUGUGAAGCCAGAGUAUUUUUUAAAAUAAUUGUGGAUAUAUUUGUCAUCUGCUGAUGACCUUUCGUGGAGAUGUGAGGAUUUUGUUGGCUGGUGUCAUGAUACACGCAUGAAGUAACGUAGAGUGCUCAUUCAAUAACCUACAAUAAUUUUUCAUCGUUAAUAUUUCAUUAUUAAUUAACAUGAUUUUUUUUCCUUUCAAAAUACUGAAUUUUAAUAUCUUGACAAGCUCUGUUUUGAAAAAGCAGAUGUUUUUUGGAGACUAUGCAAUUUUCAUAAAAUGCCUUAUCAGAUUUUAGCAUCAGUUAUUAGGGUUUUAGCUAAAGGGUUUAUAAUGGAAGAUCGUUUUGCACCCUGCCCUCUUUUGGUAAGAACCAAUCUGUCAUCAUGGAUAACAUUAUAGGGAUCCUUCUGACUCUAUUGAAGUUAAUGCUUAAGACAAUCAAAUAUUGUUGUUUUUAAACUUAUACUAUGAUCAUGAUAGCUACAGACAAAAUUUGGCAAUGACAGUUAAACAUAUAAACAUACUAUUACUAAAACAUAAUUCUUAACACUUUCUGUCAUAUUCAUUAUGUUCAAGUUCUUCUUAGUCGUUUUUUUCCUUAAGCAUCCUGUUUUCUUAACUUCCUUGCCUUUUUAAAAACCUGGCUAUAAGCCUAUGUUACAGAGCUGCUGAAGCAGACGUACAUCUUAAUUGGUCUAUCAGCUAGUCUGUUUUCGAGGAAGAAAAAUCGAGACAUUUGUUUUUUUACCAAAAGUCUGAAACCACUUCAUGUAUUCCAAUGAAACUUGGUAUACAUCUUCACUAGGAUAUUCCCAUGAAACUUGGAAUACAUGUUCACUUAAAAUAUUCACAUGAAACUUGUUAUAAAUGUUCACUAGGAUAUUCCGAUGAAACUUGGUAUACAUGUUCACUUAGGAUAUUCACAUGAAACUUGGUACUCAUGUUUACUUAUGAUAUUGACAUGAAACUCUUGGUAUACAUGUUUACUUAAGAUAUUCACAUGGAACUUGGUAUACAUGUUAACUAGGAUAUUCAAAUGAAACUUGGUAUACAUGUUCACUUCAGAUAUUCACAUGAAACUUGGUAUACAUGAUUGUUUUAGAUAUUUACAUGAAACUUGGUAUACAUUCUCACUUCAGAUAUUCACAUGAAACUUUGUAUACAUGUUUGUUUUAGAUAUUCACAUGAAAAUUGGUAUACAUAUUCGCUUCAGAUAUUCACACCAAACUUGGUAUUCAAUUUUACUUAAGAUAUUCACAUGAAACUUGGUAUACAUGUCUUGGUAUGCAAUUAAAGAAUGGCAGUUCACUAGUUCUUUCAAAGAAAGUUUUCAGUCUUGCUAAAAUAAUCAGAGUCGGCCCAUUAAUUUACUGAUAAAUGCCUAAAUCUGCUUGGCGGGUUAUUUUUGUAACAUGUAGUAACAGACUCAUCCUGUUGAUUAAAGUAAGUCUUUGACUUAUUGAAAUACUUAGGGAAGAUGGCAAACACGCAAAUAAAAUCCUUGCGUUUCCUUGUUCAAAAUGAUUUAUCUUUAAAAUAGUUAACAUUAUCAAUAGUAUUUGUGUUUGGAUAAAAAUCGUAUAUUACCCAUUAAGCUAUGUCUGUGUUUUAUGUUUCAAACAUUUGCUCCAAAGUCUAUUUUGGGCUGAAGUGCUUGUGAUUGUACGUCUUUUGUACUAUUAUGUUAUUAUUAUUUUGGGUAGUAUCUAUUUGUUUAGAGAUGAGGAGCACGUUUUGACCAGUUGAUUAACAAAAAAAUUGACACGGUCAACCAUGUUUGCCAAUUAAUCAGAACAAAAGUUGUUUAAGAGUGUUGCAUGCAAAUAGGCUCAGGUUAAUGUUUUGUUUACGAGCUGACAUUUGAUAUCGAUUCUUAGUUUCUCGCUUGUUUAUCCUGCUCAUAUAUUUAUGGGUAUAUAUCUGACAUAUUAAUAUAUAAUACUCAACUAAUAAAAAUACAAAA